CCUGUACAAGUAAACGCAGGGCUUCGGCGCGGCUGUUUGGAGCCGUACCGCUCGCUCUGCCAGGUUCACGGGCAUCGCGGCUGCUCAGGCCAGGAGGCGGCUGUGUGCUCCUCCUCCUGGCCAAUCGGUCUGGGAGCACAAGUCCUGUUGCAGUCCUGCAAAGUGUCAAGCUGUCAGCCGCAGAGCACGGAGGAAGAGGAAAAGAAUGAAACAGUUCUCCCUCCUCGGAGUAAGAGCUGCCGAAGCCAACCGGGAGGGAGGGGAUUGAGAAGCCCGGAGCUGGGAGCAACAAAGCUCUCCUGCCGAGGGAUUGAGGAGGCUGAAGAAGUGUCCAGUCAGGUGGAUGGACUCAGUUGGUAGGCUCCACUAUCUCACCAUGACUGCCGAAAACUCGACGCCCAGAGACCUGGCUCUGGCUCCCCUGGUCACUUGCAAACUCUGCCUGUGCGAACAUUCUUUGGACAAGAUGACCACCCUCCAGGAAUGCCGGUGCAUCUUUUGCACAGCUUGCCUGAAACAGUACAUGCAGUUGGCAAUCCGCGAUGGAUGUGGGUCCCCCAUCACUUGCCCUGACAUGGUGUGCCUAAACCACGGAACCCUGCAGGAAGCUGAGCAGCAUCACGGAAGAAAAGGCCUGGCAAUCUGCUUCCAUGAAGAGUAUAGCCAAGAAAACCCUGUGGAGACUGUCCUACUCUGUAACACAUGGGAACCGACUCAACGGCAACAGAUCGCCUGUUUGGUACCUGUGGAUCAGUUUCAGCUUUAUCAGCGGUUAAAAUUUGAACGAGAGGUUCACCUGGACCCCUACCGGACAUGGUGUCCCGUCGCAGACUGUCAGACGGUGUGCCACGUGGCGUCCGGUGACCCAGGACAGCCUGUGCUGGUGGAGUGCCCUUCUUGCCACUUGAAGUUCUGCUCAUGUUGCAAGGAUGCUUGGCAUGCAGAAACCUCUUGCAGAGACAGUCAGUCUGUGGUCCUGCCCACAGAGCACGGGGCCCUCUUUGGCACAGAUGCAGAAGCCCCCAUUAAGCAGUGCCCGGUUUGCCGGGUUUAUAUUGAACGCAAUGAAGGCUGUGCUCAGAUGAUGUGCAAGAACUGCAAGCACACAUUCUGCUGGUACUGUCUCCAGAACCUGGACAAUGAUAUUUUCCUCAGGCAUUAUGACAAAGGACCAUGUAGGAACAAACUGGGCCACUCCAGAGCCUCAGUAAUGUGGAACCGAACACAGGUGGUGGGGAUUCUUGUGGGAUUGGGCAUCAUUGCCUUGGUGACAUCACCCUUGCUGCUCCUGGCUUCCCCAUGUAUAAUCUGUUGUGUCUGCAAGUCCUGUCGGGGCAAGAAGAAAAAGCAUGACCCAUCCACAACCUAAAGAUCUCUGUCCAUGUUCACGUGCCACGGAUGUCUGGGUUCUAUGAGACAGCACAGUGAUAAAGCCCUGUUUAGUGACCUCGCCUCCUUCUUCUUGCCAAACUUUGCAAGUGCCUCUUGUGUCCAGACUUUGAACUUGCCUGCCAGCCUUCGGCUUUGGAAAAGGCCAAGCCCAGGAUGUAUGUGUUCCUGUGUAAAGAGAACGAGGUUCUCCAGUCCAGCUGUGUCUAGGGAGCAUGUCUGGAAGCUUUGGGAUUGCUUGGGGGGAACUAGGACUUCACUGUUUGAUCAUCCAAAGGAUUCCACUAGACUGCUGAACUUCCAGCCAAAUUCCAGGAGCCUGAGUGAACAUUUGAUAUAAUAAAUAUGUUGUCAAACAGUUGGCAACAUACAUGGUAUCUGAGAAGCAGAAGUCUGCUUUGUAUUGAUUUGACCAAUGUGGAAACAUGGGGGAACUUCAUGUAGGAGGGGAAGGAUAAGCCUGCUUAAGGGAAAAUUCUCCUAGGAGGUAUAAAGUAGGCUGCUUAUCUUAGGAGUAGAUGUGGUGGUUCUGCCUUUGCUGGCUACUUGGUGUACUUUCCCCAGCAUUCCCCACAGUGUCUUGGCAGAAGCACAGUAGAUUUCCCCUUGUGUGAUCUCAGCUUCAAGGAGAAACUGCUGUGCAGAGAGAAUUGUCCCUUCCCAAUACAAGGGUUGUAGCAUGUAGGGCAAUAUGGUCUAAUUUAGUGUCCCUACCCUGGCAAGUAGAACUUCCCUAAAAGUGAUAGACCCUUUUCUUAACAGCCAGUAGCUAGACAGUUGCCUUAUAUGAAACAUGGGUAGGGUAGGAGAAGUUCAAAACCUUCACCAUAGAUAAUAGGGACCUUUCUUAGGCUCUGUGUUCAUAUACCCAACAGAUGUAGAAAUGGAUCUAAAAGAACACACCAGGAGCAAAGAUUAAAGUCCAUAUACACAUCUAGAAUCCAUUAUAAUUGGCAGCCUACCCAGAAUUCCUAUCCAUACCCAAUAGUACACACAGAACAAAUGUUUACUGAAAAGCCAUUUUAUCUUUCCUUCUGUGACCAAUAUGGUUUGUUAUAAAUCAACCUAAGUAUUUUUUGCAUAUUAUAUAUGUGAAUUUUGGUUCUGAGUUAAUAACUUAUCCAAGAGUAUCUGUAAACUCAUAAAAAUAACUCUUUUAAAACAGGAAAAAUAUAAUAGCAUGUCAUCUCUUUUUGUAAAAAAAACAAAUAACAAAUUGUUAAUCAAGUGAUUUAUAUAUUUUCAAAGAAUUCAGAGCAGUUCUAUUCACAGCAUCAUGUAAUAUUGCCCUUUCAGCAACUAGUAAGGCAUUCUGAGUGCUUUCUGUAUGUACAAGGGAUUGACAACAACCAAAAAUAGGUAAGAAAUAACAUGUAAAUUCUUUAUAUAUCCUGAAGAGUGUAGAUUUCUAUCACUUGACUGUGACUUGUUUUUCCCAUUAUAUCAUUAGUCAGCUUUUUAAUAAACGGGUUUUGAAAAUAUAAAAAAAACUUUUUCUCCAGUGACAGGAUUAUAUAUAAUUACCAUUAGCAGUGUAGGAUGGUGCUUCAUGAUACUGUACUCAAUGUGUAUGGAGAGCUUGUCUUGAAGCCAAGGGUACCAUAUCAGGAACUAUCAGGGCCUAUGAUAUUUUUGAGGCAACUGGUAACUAGUGUGUUCAAUUGCUGCUGUCUUGGACCUAUUGUUAAAGAGUGAUGCUUUGCUUAUGUAAUGGAAUGUAUGUUAAGUGGGAAUGGGUAUAUUUAAAGAACUUUAAUUCACGUGUAUAUAUUUGAUGUAUGUAUAGUACAUCUAUUGGUCAUGGACAUUUUACUUACAAUUUAUGUAGAGCACAGAUGAGAACUCUGGGAAAGCUUUUGAAUGGCAACCAACCAAAACCAUUUUUAAUUGUUUAUUAGAAAUUUCUUAAUGUUAAGAGUCUUUGCUUUUUUUCUAAGCACUAAACACUUCAGAAAAAAAACAAAACCCUCUUCUAUCAACAUAUUUCAUAUUAGUAUAAAUAUAAUUGUACAUAAACUUGAGUAGUCCAUUUACUUUUACUUACACGUAGCCUACUGCCUCAUUAUAGGUCAAAGGGCAUUUAUAACUACUCAGGGGAUCACAAGAACUCAAAUGAAAUUGAACUUUUGUGACAAGAAUGUCAAUAUUGGUGAUGUACUCCUCCAUUAUUAAACUCUCUACGCCUGGCUCUACAAAGAAUCUUUAAACAAGCAUCUCAAGUAACCUAAAAUGUUAUGUUAUCAGAAGGAGAGCUCCUGAAUUUGGAGUAAAGGUGGAAGAAAGCACCUGUUUCCUUUGCAAAACUGAAGGAACUUGUCUUCUCAUAGAGAUACUAUAACAGACUCACCUACUCUUUUGGGGGGAAGAGAGGGUUCUUUGCCAAACAGAUUUUAAAUAACUGGAUUUAACUUUUAAAAUGUUGAAAAGUGUCUGGGGAAAAAAAAAAGAGUGACUUCUUUUUUAAAUAGCUAAAUGAACUGGCCUGUGUGAGAUUGUCAGAAUCAGCAGGAACCAGUUGGUAGGUUAAAACCCAAACAUAUCUCUGGUGUGUCAAAGGGCGUGACCCAAGAUGAUCUAGAGGCUUUGUUUACAAGGAGAGAGCUGACAACUUGAUAACAGAGGCUGGUAUUUUCAUUUUGGUUAAUUGGCCAGUGAAGAAUUUAACCUUGUCUCCUUUCUCGGUCAGCUUUAUCCUUUCCUAGUGAUUCUCUUUUUCCACUAGGAAGAAAUAUGAGUCUGGAUAAUAAUGUUUGGAUGUUGUGGGAAAAAUAUUUUAGUGUUUGAAGUAAGUAUAAACCAAAAAAAAAAAAAAAACUAAACCAGUUUCCAUGGAGUUGAUUUCAA